UCUUCCAAUUUAAAUCUGAGAAGAGUGAGUGGUUUUCCAUUCCAUUCCAGUUCAUUUCAUUUUGAUCUCCCUUGGCUUGGCCUCCAUUCUUUUCUUACAUCCCCCUCCACUCCAUCUCUUGCUUCCCUUAACCCCUCCUUCCUCCUCUCCCCCUCAACCUUGCCUUAACCACACCCCAAAUCCACCCUUCAAAGCUUUCCUGUUUCCUCCUCCUCCUCCUGCUGCUACUUCCUGCCGUCUCGAUCAUCUUCCUGAUAACUUGUGCAAGGGCCGAAUGGGGGAUCAUCUGGCGCUGCUUGUGGACCGGCUGCUGACGGAGUCGACGCUGGAGGCGGCGAUCGGGAACAACAACAGGAAGCUGCAGGCGGCGGAGACUGUCGAAUACUGCUGCGAGGCCACCGCCCUCUUACCGGCGAGCAAGAUGGUGGAGUGCAGGAUCUGCCAGGAGGAGGACUGGGACAACAGCAUGGAGGCCCCCUGCUCCUGCCGCGGCAGCCUCAAGUAUGCGCACCGGAAAUGCAUCCAGCGCUGGUGCAACGAGAAGGGCGACACCGUCUGCGAAAUAUGUUUGCAGCAAUUCAAGCCUGGUUACACUUCCCCAGAGCAGCUGUUCCACUAUGGAAGCAUACCAAUGAACUUCAGGGGGAACUGGGAGAUUGCUCGGCAAGAUCUCCAUGAUUCCCAAGUCAUAACAAUGGUGCCCUCUGAGCGUGAUUUCAUAGACGAGUACGAGGACUAUUUGCCCAUCAGGACAAGAAGUAGCGCCCUUUGUUGCCGGACAAUUGCCAUAAUUUUCAUGGCCCUCCUAAUUCUUCGACAUACUCUUCCUCUUAUGAUUGGUGGGAACGGCGAGUACUCAUUUGCUCUAUUUUCGCUUCUUGUGCUGAGGACCGCGGGAAUUCUGUUUCCAAUCUUGGUCAUGGUGAGAGCGCUGGCAACCUACCAUCGUCGUCGUCGCCAGCAGAUCAUUUAACACUGCAGGAAAACCAGGAAACCUAUAUGUCUUCAUCGGACAAUGACAACGACGAGGAGGAAGCAGAAGAGGAGGAUACUGACACCGAUUCUGCAUGGCUGCACACGCAACCACGCCUUGUGCCGAUCUACUGACACCACACGAUCAAGAUCCGAGAGCAAUGCCUCGGUGUUGAUGACAGAAGCAAAGAUCACAAGAAAGGUUCCAAGAAACAAAGGAAAUGUGAAAAGGGAUGACUAUAUCCUGACAUGGUAGGGUAGUUUGAAGCCACUCGCUUCCGUGUGCACAAGAAGAAUGUAGUGGCUCUGUACAUAUGAGAAUACUAACCAAGAUGAUGUAACUGUUGAGCUUCCCUAGCUCUCCUGUGCGUUGAAGAGAUUGCAUAAAAUUACUUGCAAAUGGAAGGAAGUACAAGUUGGCCCCCUGUA